AUGGAAACGAGAUCCGCAAAGCGAAAGAAGCAGCUCUGCUUCCCGCCGGGCAACGACGACGGCGGCGCGUCGCAAAUCGACCGAAUCACCGACCUCCCGGACCCACUCCUCCACCACAUCCUCUCCUACCUCCCAAUCAGAUCCAUCGCCCAAACCUCCGCCCUCUCCAGACGGUGGCGCCUCCUCUGGUCCACCUUACCGGACCUCGACUUCACCACCGCCGCCGCCGCCAUAAAACGCUCUUCCAUUCCCCCCAAUUCGUACAUCUCCACCGUCCUCUCCCUCCGCCACAAGCACUCCGACCUCCGCUCUCUCCGCUUCUCCGCCCGCCUCACCUUCUCCACGCUCAACUCCCUGAUCCGCCUCGCCGUCCGCCACCGCGUCCAGUACCUCGACGUCGAGGUCUCCACCGACGACUACUUCAACUUCCCUCGCGGCGUAAUCGCCAGCGAAACCCUAAGGACAUUCAAAUUGAAAUCCCGAUGCCCCGGAUUCCGCCUCCUCCCGUCCUCCGUCAUGGCCGGCGGCUUCCGGAACCUCGAUUCCCUCUCCCUGUCGCUCGUCACGCUCCACGACCAGCAGUCCUCCCUCCUAGAUCUCUUCACCGAGACCUCCUUCCCCUGCCUCCGCAAGCUCGACCUCGACACCUGCUUCGAAUUGCGGCACCUCAAGGUCGGAUGCCGCGCGCUCGAGGAUUUCUCGAUCGAGAACUGCUUCCACCUCCGCGGGCUCGAGAUCUGCUGCGCGAAAUUGACAUCACUGAGAGUGGCCAGCUGCUUCGAUGCUUACUGCGACGAGACGCGGGUGGAGAUUAGGAACGGAUCUAGGAUUCGGUUCGUGGCGUGGGAGCAGAACGCCAUCACCGGGAAGAGCGCGGUGGAGGAACUGAGGGCGGUGCGAGAGGCGUCGAUUGGGUUCUUUGUGGAUGAUUACGAUGACAUUUGCUCCGACAAGCUUCAGAGCGUUUGCAGUUUCAUGAGUGGCUUCUCCCGCGCUGACUCUUUGACCCUUGACAGUCAGUGUAUUGAGAUACUGUCGAGCAGCAAGUACUCGGCACAUUUUGUGCACCCAAUAUUCAGCGAUGUCCGAACGUUGGAGUUGCAUACGGGUUUCAACAAGAAGAAUGUAGCAGGGCUUGCAUUCCUCUUUAGAAGCACUCCGACGUUGCAUACUCUCGUUCUCAAGAUCAUGAAUGACCACAAGACUGAAAGAAGGCAAUGGAAUAAGGACUUGUGGGACGUGGCCAAUUGUGAACAAGAACAGUAUUGGGAGUCUCAAGUCCAGAGCUUGAGUUCAUUCUUAAACCAUCUCAAGAUAGUGAAGAUAUAUGGGUUCCUAGAGUACGAGAAUGAAGUUAGCCUAGCCAAAUUUUUGCUCAAGCAUGGUAAAGACUUGCAGGAAAUGACCCUCUCCACGCCUCACCAUUGCAACUACAGAGAUAGCUUGAGGCGGCAGAAAGUUAGAUCUCAGAUGAUGGGCUUCUCAUGGGCUUCCUCUAAUGCCAAAAUCUCCUUCCAAUGACUCCACCUAGAGAUGACAUUUGAACUCGAAACUACGGGUUUCCAAUUCGAUCUAAUUCGGUUAAAGCGAGUAAAACUCAAUUUUUAUGGGUUCUUGGUAGGGUGUAGGUUUUACUCGCUUUUGAAAUUGACGGGUUGGAUUGGAUUUGGGUUUUACUAAAAUCCAACACGCUUUCCAUCCGACCCACACUCAUGAAACAAACCGAUAUCAUUUCGUAACUAACAACAACAAUUUGAAUAAUUUAUGGACGUUAUUAGUUUUUGUGCAAAUAUUUGUUCUUUGCACACUAUAUAUACAAACCAUGGUUCAAAAAGGCAGACUUAAACUAACGAUUAGACGAUAGACAAUGUCAAAAUGGCUCAUCCAGGGAUUUCUUAGCGAGUUAGG